UCAGGCAUUGUGCACCUUGGCUCCUCCCGACGAACAAGAUGCAGUAUCGAGGCAUUCCUAAGGUGUCUUUGGCAAUCAUGGUGCUUCUUCUAUAUACCGUGGAAGGACUGCAAGCUCAACCCGAAUCCAAUAUAAAACACAGCAAAGUUUUGAUUCUUGGAGCCGGGGCGUCAGGUUUGGCAGCUGCAAAGACUCUAAGCGAAAACAACAUCAACGACUUCAUCCUCUUGGAAGGCUCGGACAGAAUCGGCGGCAGAGUCAUGUCCAUUAAAUUUGGGGGAACCACUGUAGAAGCUGGGGCAAACUGGAUGGCUAUCCGGGAAGGCAAUCCGUUAUGGGAUGUCAUCCAGAAGUUCAAUGUGUCUGGGAUAUCGUCAGACUAUGAUAGUGUAGUCAUAAAAACAUAUGACGGCGUUGACGUCACGGCCUCCGAGGGUGAAUUGGCUUGGGAUAAACUGGCAAAAGCUAGGAUUAAAUCAGGAAACGUCUUCAGGAGAAUUCGAGACCAAAAGACAGAUGACAUGUCCCUUCGCACAUGCCUUGAUAUCGGAAACUGGCAUCCUAAAACGCCUGUGGAAAAAACUGUGGAAAUUUUUGACUUCGACUUUGAAGAUGGAUUUGGCCCUGACGUUACUUCGUGUUAUUUUAGGGGCAUUUCAGACCGAGUCGAUGACAGUUUCUAUGUCCGUGAUGACAGAGGGUAUGAGUUCAUACUUAAGAAAUACGUGGAGAACGUGCUUCAAGAGAACGACCAACGUAUUCGUCUGAACGAAACCGUUAAAACGAUCAACUACGCUGACACCAAUGCGUCUGUAACUACCGCAAGCGGGAAGAUCUUCACGGCUGACUUCGUGAUUGUUACUUUCAGUAUCGGAGUAUUGAAGAGCGGUUCUGUGACUUUCAUUCCUCCACUACCUGACUGGAAGAUGGACAACCUGUUCCGAAUCAGACUGGAGAACUACGUCAGCGUGUACCUUAAGUUUCCUGAGACAUCGGCAAGAUUCUGCGAUAACACUGAAUUCAUCCUCUACGCAGACAAAAAACGUGGCGUGUAUCCUGUUUGGCAGAACUUAGAAGCUGAAGGACUGUUCCCGGUUGGAACCAACAUUCUCCAGAUGGUGACCCAGGGAGAAGAGGCGAACAGAAUAAGUCAACUCACUGACAGUGAUGUUAAGGACGAGGUGAUUGCGAUAUUGCGGAGAGUCUACGGUAAUGUAGCCGAACCUGAGGAUGUUUUCAUUACGGACUGGAAGAACAAUCCAUUGUACAAGGGAUGCUUCUGCAACAUGGAAACAGGAACUCUUAGUCCCAAAGUAUUUGAUGCUAUAAGAGCACCAGUCGGGAGGAUCUACUUCGCUGGGGAAGCGUUUAGUUGGAAUGUGUCUUGUUAUGUUACUGGUGCUGUUGAAAGCGGAAUCCACACGGCUACUAAGGUAACUGAAUGUUCGAAAGGAACGUGCGAGGUUUAUGAUCCGAGAGAGCCAGGUCCGAGUACCGAGUCCCCGACGGUUGCAGCAUGUCCAUCGGGUGGGUUUCGACAGGACGGAGACAUAAGAAGAAUGGCCGUGCUUGUGGGCAUCGUGGUGCUUAUUGUUUCAUGUACAUAGUAACUGCAGGAUGGGUGGAUACAGGUGGACUGAAGACGUUCACAUACCAUCAUUCUACCAUAUGGAAACAGCUAACAUCCAACAUAUAUAUUUGAAUACUUGUUGUGAAUGACUUAAUUGUUAUUUCGAAUGCAUGUUAGUUUAUAUUAUAUUGGGUUUAGAUGCAGUGGGAAACUUAACAUCCCUCGCGAAGGAAGAUUUUGCAAACGAUGUCAAUUUGGCAUAACAGAAGACGAGUUUCAUUUCCUGCUAGUGUGCCCUGCAUAUACUCACCUACGCCAUCUAUAUAUUCCUUCAAAUAUUAUCUACACCCAAAUGUCCCUAAGUUUAAUUUUCUUUUAUCCUACAACAAACACAAAGCUCAUUA